AGGGGGCGGUGCCUUUAGUAACGCUGGGGACGCGAAGGGCGCGCGCGCUUUAGUCUGAGUGACUCCUGGGGUGAGGGCAGCCCCCGGGCUUGGGGGGCAGGUUUGCCCGGUCUUCCACCCAGCGAUCCCCCCGUACUCGGAACCAGCGGCGGGGACGCUUCUCGCAGCUGGCGCGCGCCCCGCGUGUGGCCUGGGGCUCCGCGUCACUUCCGGGUGGGCCGGGCUCCGCGAACCGCCGAGGGUCUGGCGUCUCCGGCUCCUAGCGGUGUCCGGGAAGGCCCGAGAUUGAGGGUCGAAAUGUGUGCGGCCAGAGGCCGUGAGCAGCCCGUGGUCCCUGCCCUGGAGGAGACCCGUUACUGCCCGCGGGGCUGCCCCGGUGGCGGGGGCGCGGCUUCGAUCCCGGAGCCGAGCCUGCUGCAGCCUCCCGGGAGCCCCCUCUGGGCUCCGCCCCCUCGCCUUAUGGGGUCCCUGCCCGGGCUGGGGUCUUAGUCCCGGAGAGCGGGCUACGGGAGGGACCCGGAUCCGGGAAGCGGAGACUUAGGUUGGCACAGUGCCGGGAGGGGGGGGGGGGCUGUAAACUGGGAAGGAUCCAUCAAGGCUGCCUCUGCCCCUCAGCCGCCUCUUGACGCUUCCUUUUGCCCUCACCAAGACUACUGACUGAAAGGUCCCUUGUUUCUAUUUCAACCUGUUCCUGUACCUGCGCCCUUCGUUCCCUAUCCUCUCCGGUCUUUUCUCUCUAGCUAUAAAAAUGAUGAGCUUCCCGAAAUCUGGAAGGAACUUUUCUUUGAUCCUUGAAGUCCAUCCAACCGUGUUUGAGGAGCAGCGGUCCAACUUUCUCCCCCUUCACUGCCAAUCUUUUGAGAGGAAAAAAUUCGACCCCUUUCAGCCUGAUUUUUGUCCUCACUUCUCUUCUGAAACUGCCCUUUCAAAGAUCAUCAGUGACCCAAUUAAUCUGGUCAUUUUACAUCUUUAUUAUGCUCUCUGAUCUUUCUGUAGCAUCUAACAUAAACCACACCUUUUGCAGUCUCCCACCUUGAUCUCAACAGUGUCAUAAUCACCUGAUUCUAACUCUCUUUACUGGCUCCUUGACCUCUCUACUUCCAUUAAUAGUGCUGUUGCUUGAGUUCUUGUCCUUGAGUUUAUUGAUUAUUGUGGCCCCUGCUACUUUUUAUAUAGAUGAUUUCAGAUUUGGGUUAGAGAAUUCUUGAGAAAUUUACUAGCUUAGUGGUAUUGAAUAAAUAACAUAAUCUCUUCAAAACUUCAUUUUCCUAAUCUGUAAGAAAAUAAAGUCAUUAUAUAUCCACUACAAUAUUUCUUGCCUUUUUCUGUUUUCCAACUUAGUUUUUCUUUAAAUACCAAAAUAGCCCACAGAACAGCUAAAAAAGUAUGUUGGAGUUGGAAAGAGCCUUAAAAGUUUUAACUGCUUUCAUAUUCUAAGUCACAAAUUUAAAGCUCAUGUCAGGUCUCUUGUCUUAGAUUAUAUAGCCAAUUAGUGGCAAGAGCUAGGUCUAAAACUUGGAUCUCUUGAUCUUCAAGGCAUUCAUUUUACCAAGCUUCAGUUUCUUCUCCACCUGAAUGAAUGUUCCACUGGCAGCUUAGCAUCCUGCCAAAAUCAAAAGGAAACAAUUCAACCCAAAUCAGACCUAUUGAUUUCCACCCCCACGAUUUCUCUCAAUUUUGCCCUUGGUUCCACUACUAUCCUAGUGUGUGGAUCCUGAGGUUAUAUAAUGGUUGGAAGGUCAGCUGCUGAACCUUCUGAGUUCAGGUGGGUUCCCUCUAACAUACACUGACUUUGUUUCCCUAGGCUUGUCUCUUAGCUACUCAGUAUUCUGAGCUGUUCACCCCAGUGAGUUCUUCCAUCUCCCAACAUAAUAAUUCUAGCUUCCUUACAAUGCUGUACCAUUCAACUUUUAAGGUUUCCUUAUACUCUGCACAGUAUAAUGGAAAGAGUUCUGUGUUUGAUGUUAGAUACCUAGUUGAAUUUGGCUCUGGGACUGAGUCACAUGACCCUGACCAAGUCAGUUUAACAGCCUCAGUUUUCACUUGUGUAAAAUGGCAACUUUAUCGUAGGAUUAUGAAAUAGAUGCCUCGUAAGUAAGCUAGUCUUAACACCUUUGUGUGACAGAUGAGAAAAUUUAGCUACAGAGAAGAUGAAAUGGUUUGUCCAAGACCAGAGGUUAGCAAAGUUGGGAUCUGAAUCUGGAUCCCACUUGACAAGGCUAUUGUGAGAAGUAGUUAAUGAUGUUCUGGAUAGAGCUUUGCCUAAAAUCAUGAAGAUCUAACUUGAAUGUCCCAGAAGCUUCCUAAUUAUGUGACCCUAAGCUAGCCAGUAAACUUAGCUAGUUUCCUUAUUUGUAAAAAUGGGGAUAGUAUACCUACUUCUCAAACUUGUUAUGAGGAUCAAAUGAGAUAAUUGAAAAAUGCUUAGUGUAGUUCCUGGUAUAUAGGAGGUGCUAUAUAAAUGUUAGCUAUAAUACCAUUCUUUGUAAAACUUAAAGUGUGAUAUUAUCUCCAUGUCAAUCAAUUUAGACUACUUGCCUUCUUCCACAUGUUCUGUACUCAACCUAUUAAUUUGUUCUCGUUUUCCCCAUGCCUAGAACAGCCUGUACCUGUUGAAUUUUCACCCUUUUUUAAAGCCUAACUCCAUAUACUUCUUUCCAGGAAGCUUACCCUGAUCCUUCAAUUGGGUAAUGAAUUCUUCCUGUUACAGAUUUCUUACUUUUAAUUUCUUUUAUAAUUAUUUAUAACUGUAAUUCGCCAUUAAACUUUAAGUUCCAGAUGGGUAAGGAUACUGUUUAAUCUAAACUUGUAUUCUAUCUCGCAGUAAAGCAUUCUGCAGAAAGAAGUUCAUUACAUUUUAAUUUCUAUAUGAUAUUUUAGUGUUUGGGAUGAUCUGUGAUUUUAGAUUUGGAAAGCUCAUUUAAAAAAAAAGAUUCUCAAAGUUAUUUCUUAUGACCUUAAUCUGUGUGAUGGUCUUUUUGAUAUGCAUGUGGUAACUGAGAAAUAGGAGGCUAGGGCUUUUAAGAUUUGCCUAUUGAAUGUUUUGUCUAAGAUCAAGCUUGAAACUUUUAAAAAAGCAUACAUUUUUCUAUCAUAAAGUUAAAGCCCACUUUAGAGGUUGGGGGCAGGAUAUUUUGUAACUGAUAUAAGAAUAGGACCAGAUUUAUUAUGCUGAGAGUAUAGUUGUCUCUGGACCCAAAGAGGAAUAAUGCAGAUUUAUUUAUUUACAGUAAUAGCUUCUGUUCAGACAAUUAGUUGAUUUCUAAAUAAAUUAAAGGUAUCAAUAAUUUGUACCUUAAGUGCAUACUAUCAUCCUGUCCAAAUUUCCCAGUAUGAUAUUAACAUCUAUACUUCACCUACUACUUUUGUUCCUCAAGGGCAGGCUUGUAAUAGUUUAUCUCAGUGUACUACAAUAUUUUGCACUUGGUAAGCACUUAAUAAUGUUUUAUUAAGGUUGUGAUUGAGAUUUCAUAUGUGCUGCACUGUGUUGAACUACACCUUAAUACAAAGAAUAUACAUACUGAAUUAAGUACUUUUAGAGCUAGAUUGAAUUAUAAUGAGUUUGGAAGGAGGGAGUAUUUGAAAGAUAAAUGAGUUCUGUUUUAUAGAAUAGAUCAAAUGUGUCAGUAAUCAUUUGGGAAGAAAGUUUAUUGGGUGUAACUUUGGAUAAUUGAUUUUGUAAGUAUUUCAUUUGUUAAACUGAACUUCUGUAUUUCUUUUAAAAGUUAUCUAUCUUCAUGGGCAUUACGUCUCUUUCUCAUUCCCCUUCUCGUUAAACGAUUUAUUAAAAACCACCAGACUUCAUUUGCUUUCUCUCUUUACUACUAAAACUCCUAUUUCCCCAUUGUUGAGUUUCUCUAGGAACUUCUACUUUGAGAAAGGACCUAGGGAGGGAUACCUUCCCCUUUUCCAUUUUUUCCCCUUCCCUUUAAUGUGUGUUUUCCCUGCUGUGAAACCAUAUGGACAGGAACUCUUAACCCAGUGCUUGGUACAAGAAGCAUUAAAGGAAAUUGAUGAUGCUUGUGAAAAAUAUAAGAAAGAAAAUGAUCCACAUCAGAAGAAACGCCUUCAGCAGAAUCUUCAGAGAGCAUUAAUAAACAGCCAGGAACUUGGUGACGAGAAAAUUCAAAUUGUCACACAAAUGCUUGAGCUGGUAGAGAACCGGGCAAGGCAAAUGGAAUUGCAUUCACAAUGUUUUCAAGAUCCUUCAGAAAGUGAGAGAUCUUCAGAUAAGACAAAGAUGGAUUCCAACCAACCAGAAAGAUCUUCAAGAAGACCUCGCCGACAGCGGACCAGUGAAAGCCGUGAUCUCUGUCACAUAGCAAAUGGGAUUGAAGACUGUGAUGAUCAACCACCUAAAGAAAAGAAAUCCAAAUCUGCCAAGAAAAAGAAACGUUCAAAAGCCAAACAGGAAAGAGAAGCUUCACCUGUUGAGUUUGCAAUAGAUCCCAAUGAACCUACAUACUGCUUAUGUAACCAAGUGUCUUAUGGGGAAAUGAUAGGAUGUGACAAUGAACAAUGUCCAAUUGAGUGGUUUCAUUUUUCAUGUGUUUCACUUACUUAUAAACCAAAGGGAAAAUGGUAUUGCCCAAAGUGCAGAGGAGAUAAUGAGAAAACGAUGGACAAAAGUACUGAAAAAACAAAAAAAGAUAGAAGAUCGAGGUAGUAGAGACCAUCACAUUUUAAGGGAUUAUUUGUCUUUUAUAUAAUUCAUUUACUUUACAGAAAAUGUUUUAGGAUAAAUGCAUAAGGCUAUGCAAUAAUUUUUAAUCAUUAGUAUUAAUGGAGUAUUAAAAGUUGUCGUACUUUG